AUGUCCAGCUUCGAGCAAGUUGUCGUCAUCGAUGGCAAGGGCCAUCUCCUUGGCCGACUCGCCUCUAUUGUCGCCAAGCAGCUCCUUAGCGGUCAAAAGAUCGUUAUUGUCCGUUGCGAGGCCCUCAACAUCUCUGGAGAGUUCUUCCGCGCCAAGCUCAAGUACCACGCCCACCUCCGAAAGAUCACCCGAUACAACCCUACCCGCGGUGGUCCCUUCCACUUCCGCGCUCCUUCACGAAUCUUCUACAAGGCCGUCCGUGGCAUGAUCCCCCACAAGACUGCCCGUGGUGCCGCUGCUCUCGAGCGCCUUAAGGUCUUCGAGGGUGUCCCCCCUCCUUACGACAAGACCAAGAAGGUCGUCGUUCCCCAGGCUCUCCGCGUUCUCCGACUCCAGCCCGGCCGCAAGUUCUGCACUGUCGGCCGUCUGUCCCACGAGGUUGGCUGGAAGUACCAGGAUGUCGUUGCCCGAUUGGAGGAGCGAAGAAAGGCUAAGGGUGCCGCCUACUACGAGCGCAAGAAGAUUGCCGCCCGACAACUGGCCGAUGCCAAGAAGAACGCCACUGUCAAGGAGGAGACCUCAAAGGCUCUUGCCAACUUCGGCUACUAA